CAGAGCAGGAAAGAUGUAGGCUGUCUCCGCCCCCCCUGGUGCAUGCUCCGGAGUGCCAUGCAAUCCCAGUGCCUCUCUGUUCUGUACAGAGAAGUGCAGGAAGAGUGCAGCUCUGGGGUAAGCAGAUAAGGGCUGUGUAUGGGGCCUCUGCCCAGGUGUAUUCGGUGCGUAGCACAUACUCACACAACGACCGGUGCCUUGCCCCAAGCAAAUCACAGAGGGGCAGAGGUUCCUGGAGGAACCCGGAAGCAAAAUUGAAGUGUAAUAAGUCUCCGCAGAUACUGCUGCAUGGGCAGGAGAACACUAAGGAUGGGGGAUCAGCAUGAAGAGCUGCAUCAGAGGGGCACACGGGACGCCCACACUGCCAGCAGUGACGAAGGGGGAGAGGAGGAGGAAGAGGAUGGAGGUAAAGCAGACGAGGUGUUUGCAGACCCUUUGAUACUGCAAAAUGUACGUGUUUUGGGGUCACCAGGUGACCCACAAGCUGAGGUCAACUCGGAUGACCAGGAUUUUGUGGCGAUUGGUUCUACUGGAGACGUUGAUAGAGGUGAUGCACUAGAGUUACAGGAGGUAACCUCUCAGGAGACGGACAUCAUGGAAUAUGAGCCCACAUCUGAGAGGUUUGCAAGAACCAAGGGUAUCACUGGUAGCUCAGGGGCCCCGAAGACCAAGAGGAGAUGUAGCGUUCUUUGCACCGUUUACUGUGUGGAGAGUGAACUGUCGGGAGAGCCUCCCCCUGUGUACUCUGCUGAUCAGAGUAAUCUGCCAGAUGUCCCUACAAGGAGCUCCGAGAGGGUAUCUUACGAGCUGCCCCUUUCCCCGACCAGCCUGGACCUGGAUUUGUCACCUUACUUGAUCAGCAGCUUGGCAGACCCAGGGAACAAGGUGCUGAUGAACUGUCGGGUGUGUUUGGAGGACAGGUCCAUCAAACCCCUUGUUUGCUGCAAGAAACCUGUUUGUGAGGAAUGUCUGAAGAGAUACUUGAGCUCCCAGGUCCAUAUAGGACAAGUGGAAAUAAAAUGUCCCAUUACUGAGUGCAAUAAACACCUGGACGAAUCCACCAUUGUGUACAAUCUGCCACGUGAUGAAAUCCUCAAAUACAAGUACUUCCUGGAACUCAGUCGCAUGGACUCCAGCACCAAGCCCUGCCCCCAGUGCAAGCACUUCACAACAUUUAAGAGGAAAGCCCACGUUCCAAACCUAAGCAAAUCCGAGAUCAAGUUCAAAAUUCAGUGCCCAUCUUGCCAAUUUAUAUGGUGUUUUAAGUGCCAUUCUCCCUGGCAUGAAGGUGUAAACUGUAGAGAGUACAAGAAAGGAGACAAGCUGUUGCGUCACUGGGCUGGUGAAAUUGAACAUGGGCAAAGAAAUGCCCAGAAAUGUCCAAAAUGCAAGGUCCACAUUCAGAGAACAGAAGGAUGCGAUCACAUGACCUGUUCUCAAUGUAACACUAAUUUCUGCUACCGCUGUGGAGAGAGAUACCGCCAGCUACGCUUCUUUGGUGAUCACACAUCAAACCUCAGUAUAUUUGGAUGCAAAUACCGCUACCUCCCAGAGAGACCGCACGUAAGGAGAUUAGUGCGAGGCUCUGUUUGUGCUGGUAAACUACUCAUUGCACCCCUGCUAAUAGUUCUAGGUUUGGUACUUGGAGCCAUUGCAGUUGUAAUCGGAAUAUUUGUAUUGCCUGUCUAUGUCCUUUGUAAAAAGCGACGAAAAAGGACGCGGUCCAAUGGUAUGUCAUGGUAAGAUUAGGGGACCCUGUGAAGCUUGAAACAGUCCCAGGGGCUAUACUAAACUGUGCAGCAGAAAACAUUAUUUUGUUGAAGCUGGAAUUCCGAAAGACCUUCAAUGCUCCAUACAGCUCCCUAUGACAGACCACAAUGCCACCUAUUCCUGGUGCACUCCUGGAUGGACAUGCCCAGAAUUGCUGCUUUUUUAAUUUGUAUAAUGUUUUUAUUUCGGACCUUUGAUUUAAUUACCAUUCCCUUAAUAGAUGUGUCAAUGUAAGUUUAGGCUGCGGAUUCUUAGACAAUCAAAAUAAGAAACCUGAUCAGAACUUGAAGAUUGGACAGCCAUUUUUUUCGUACACCUGUGGUUAUAAGACUAGCCUAGGCAAUGCCUAUGGCACAAAAUACUUUUUUAUUUAUUAAGAUUAUGUUUGGCAAAUUCAUUUUAGCCAAGAAACAGGUGUCCAGUCCAAGUGGGAUGUAACAGUACAAACUGUUCAGCAGCCACAAAGAAUUCUGUGCUCAAUGUCCACUACUGCCACGACUGCUGUACAUAUGGCAGUAAGGCCAGUGAUGAGAGAUUGAAACAUAAGUUUUGCACUGAUAAUAGAUUGCUCAGGCAGGGAUUUAAUUUUGCAUAUGUUCAUACAGAGCUCUACCAAUUAUUAAACCUGUGGCCGUCUGUUUCAUUUACCACACCAUGUUAUUCCAACCAACGGUCUUAUCUAGCCUGGCUUUGGUUAGUAACCAUAUUUGACCAGAUCACAGGAGGAUAGCAUUUGCCUUUUUAAGUAUAUUUUCAUAUUGUUUUAAUGUGUCUUCCUUUUAGUUUCUGCUUACAACACAAUGUCCUUUGUGUUAUACUAAUAUUACAAAAAAUAAAGGAGGUGAGGCAGGGUUAUCUUAAUGUUCUAGCCCAGGUACCCUCUGUUGUGACACUAAAAAAAAAAAAAACACGAACUGCUUCCAUGUCAGGUCCAUAGCAUUGUUCUCAAAGGUACAAACGCAAAA